AUGGUGGAGAUCUUGUGCUUCAAGCAAGCCGGCGCUCCACCCUCGGCUGGCGGCAAUCACGGAGCCAUCCUGCUAGAGUGGCGAGGGGAGGGCACAAAUGCUCUGCCUGACUCCGGGCAGUCAAUGGCAAAAUCGGCAACUGUACAUGGCGAGAAGAAGAAGAAGAAGAAGAAGAAGCAACACACGAGCAUGAGAAGUAGCACCCAGUCGUCGUUCUUGCAGCUCGUUGUCCCGUCGUACAUGCAGUUGGAACUUGCUGCGAGCCAAAGGCGGCUAAACCUGUUCGGUGUUCACCCACAUCUGCUCAGAGGCGGGGAAGGAGAAACGGAGAAACAGGCCCAGGACGUCGGACAAAUCAACAUCACGGCAGCCUCCCCACACCCGAGUCGACCGAUGGACAGCGUGACAGCCCACCUGACCACUCGUCCCGACGCCUUCACCCAGACCUGCAUUCCGCCGCCCUUGAUGCAGCUGCUGCAUCACGGAAUGUCGCAGGAGCCAACCCUGCCUGGACCGGCCUAG